CUCGCUGCCGCGGCUGUGGCAGCAGAUCCAACGCUUCUGGGCGCAGCAGGAGGACUGCCUGUUCCUCAACGUGUACACCAAACAGGUCGAGCCAGCCACCGGACACACUCCAAAUGCCUUCAAUGCUAUGCCUGCAUGUUCACCUAGUUCUACCAAACAAGGCCGAAUUUGGACACAACUCUAGUGGAGCUGAGAUUCGCGCGGCGGGCUCGGAGGACGACGAGGACCUGGGGAGCGCCAAGCUGAGCCCCGUGGUGGUGUUUCUGCACGGCGGCGCCUUCUACACCGGCACGGCCAACAGCCACAUCUACGGGCCGGACUUCCUGCUCCGCGAGGACGUGGUGCUGGUCACCGUGCAGUACCGCCUGGGCGCCCUCGGCUUCCUGGCGGCGGGGUCGCGGGACGCGCCGGGCAACGCGGGGCUCAAGGACCAGGCGCUGGCCCUGCAGUGGGUGCAGCGCAACAUCCGUCGCUUCGGCGGCGACCCCUCCUCGGUGACGCUGCUGGGCCACAGCGCGGGCGGCGCGGCGGUGCACUACCACGCCAUGUCGCCGGGGUCGCGGGGGCUGUUCCACCGCGCAGUGCAGCUCAGCGGGUGCGCGCUCAACGCCUGGGCCUUCGCCACGCCGGCCGAGGCC